AGGUGGCUCCGUGCCUAUGAGAGCGCGCUCUCGUUCCACUUCAGCAAUUACUUCGUGGCCUUCCUGUCCGAGGCCACGGCCACGCUGGCAGGGUCAGGGCACAGCGAGCGCCACGAGCACCUGCACUGGGACCUGGCGGUGUCGCGGCCCCUGCGGGUGGAGCUGCCGCGCUCCAUGGCCGAGGUGGUGACAAACUGGAACCUGCCCAUGUCCCGCUGGCUGCACACCUACGUGUUCCAGACCGCUCGCUGCCUGGGCACCUUCGCCGCCGUGCUGGGCACCUACGCAGCCAGCGCCCUGCUGCACGGUCUCAGUUUCCACCUGGCCGCGGUGCUGCUCUCCCUGGGCCUCAUCACCUACGCCGAGCACGCUCUGAGGCAGCGCCUGGCCGCCAUCUUUGACGCCUGCGUGCUGUCCAAGCGCUGCCCCCCGCGCUGCAGCCACCGCCACAAGGACACGCUGUGGGUGCGGGCUCUGAAUGGGGCCUUGGGUGCCCUGGCCCUGUUCCACCUCUCCUACCUGGGUGCCCUGUUCGAUGUGGAGGCCGAGGACGCCGUGGAGGAGCAGGGCUACGGCAUGGCCUACACCGUGCGCAAGUGGUCCGAGCUGAACUGGGCCAGCCACUGGGUGACGCUGGGCUGCUGGGUGCUGGCCCGGCUGCUGCGCUGAGCCCGGCGAGGCCACCGGGGGCAACUGGGACGAGCUGGGAGCGCCUGGGAGGACCGGGCACCACAGAGAGCGCGGCCGCUCCGCCCGCCGGGGCCGCUCCGCGCCGGAAGCGCCUCUCGAUGGUCCCAACUUCCGCUCCGGGAGGUUUCCCGCCCUUUCUCGGGCGCUGGGACCAAUAAAGCCUCGCCUCGA